AGCCAAGCCAUCUUGCCAUUCACGGAGAACUCAAGCCACUUUUUAAAAAAGUUGUUUACUUUUGCCUUCGGAAUAUUUGAACUCGUAUAAGCCGGCCAUAAUGGAAGUUUUGAGGAAGAAGUUAGAGUCCUGCCUGGUGAUAGUGAACAGGAACAAUGCAGCAGAAACAAACUGGCUAAAUGAGCUGUGUGCCGUGCUAUUGGAAUUCGCUACCUUGGCCCACAGCUCAUUCUGCUCCCUGGGCCAGUCGAAGUCCUCGGAGUUCGUAUGCCUCUGCCUAAGCCAGAUUAUGAUCUGUAUUCGCCAGGUGGAAAACACAAUGAAACUAGAAUGCGGCACUACAAUGUCGGUAAGUCAUCAGUACUUCGUGGAUCGCAUUCGGUGGUGCCUCAAGCGCCUCAUGCAUCUCUACAGCGAGGAAUCGGGUAGCGAAGAAGUUGCUUCGGAACGCUCUUUCAUUAAACUGGUGGAUGCCGCACUAGAUUGUUUGGCUCUGUUCACUUCGCACAGUGAGGAUAACACCGAUAUCUCAAACUGUCCCAAAUCUCCCAAGGAAGUCCUAUCCCUCAGCCAGAAGUUGCGUGUCAAUAUUGAUUUAAUCUUGGGUCAAUCCCUGGGAUUCGCCAAUGUGGCUUUGUCACAGGACAAAAGGGCUCUCAGUGCGUUGUGCCAAAAGGUUAUCCGCGAGUGCAAUGCUUUUCAGGAGGAGUGCAAGGAGUCUUCCAGAGCCCACUACAUGUCCACCCUUAAGCUAAGGGCAAUGACCAUGGAACAGGCAAUUUACCAAUUGGAGGACUUUAUAAACGAUGCGCUUCUGCGUUUGGUAUUUACAUGCUUUCUGGAUUUUGAGAAGUUUUCGGUGGACAAAAUAAGAGCCCUGCUGAGGAACAGCUCAGAUAAUGAUGAUAUGGCCGAUGAACUCAUAGCGGACUUUGAUGUCAACAUCGAUCGCGCCACUCAGAUAGGCAUUUUUGCCAUCUCCUUUGCGCCGAACUUGAAAAUGAAAACUAUGAUGCGCAGCUGCUUGGCUUCCUUUGAGUCACUGGACACUACCCUGAUACCUUCUCUGCAGGCACAUGGUUCCGUUUUGCACUCGGACAUCCUAGAACAGCAUUUCAACGAGGAGGUGACCAAGUUUAAAGCAACGCUUCAGGAGAUCAUCGACAGCCGCGCCAUCCUUGGUUGUUGCUUGGAGAUACUGACCUCAGGAAUAAGUGCAACCGAAAAACUUUACGAUAAGCAGCGAUUGGAAGACUUGAUCCAAAUUUGCUUGCUGUUAGUCGAGCACUUUCAGCUGGAAGUCAACCGAAAAGUUCUAACCGAAACGCAGGACCGAUUGGGAGAAGAGUACUACCAGCAGUUCAUCCGGAUACUGCGUGAGUGUAAGGCAAUUUUGAUGUGUGCAUCCCAGGUGGAGCCGCAGAGAAUCCUCAAGCGCUUCAAGAUCUUGCGUACGAUCUUGCGCAAACUGCACGGCACCCUGGGAGUUGGUAAGCAAGAAGAUGAACUUCCUACUCCCAUGGCUCCCCUCCUAGAGGAUGAGGCCAACGAUACCAAGGAGGUAAAUGAAGACGUAACAAAUUACUCUCGCCUUAAAACAUCCCGGGGCGGCAGCAUUCUCUACGACACAGAGCGUAGGAAUAGAGUAACUAGAACAAAGGACAACAAGCUACCGACAAAUACCUUGGACAUUAAAUCGGAAAAGGCAAAAUCUAAUGGAAAUGUUCUAAGAAGAGAAAGUUUACGGACUGUUAUGUUCAAGCGCCAAAAUAUAGCGGAAAGCAGAAAGCUAUACACUUCUGUGAGUAAUCAGUCCACGGAUCUCCAAAUCACAGAUAUACUCGACCAACUGACUGGAAUGUCCAAUGGAUACUUUGAAUGCUAAAGCAUUUUAACCAUAUGUACAUAACUUUUUAUUAAGUUUAGUCAUUUAAGAGAGUAAUUUUGCAAUUCAAACUUAACGUACGUCGCCACUUGAAUGUCAUAGGUCAGUUAGGCAUACACACAAACAUGUAUGGUUUUCGGGUGGCGGAGAGUGUCGCAUCGGAAACAGUUUUGACUGUUGUAAAAAUAGAGCAAUAAGUUCAAAUAAAAACAUAGAGACAAGCACACUUGUCAGCGCA